UGGUCAUUGGAGCGUUUUACCUGGUCGUCCUUGUAGUGGGCCUCAAGGCCAGUCGCAAGGGACCUGCUUCCGCCGUUGCUGGACAAGAGGCUACGACCGCCAUGUUGGCGGGCAGGAAGAUUUCCAUCUAUGUCAGCGUUCUCACCAUGACAGCCACCUGGGUCGGCGGAGGUUACAUCAACGGCACUGCGGAGGUCGUCUACCUGUCCGGAGUUGUCCUGGCGUAUGCACCUUUCGGCUACGCGCUCAGCCUGGCCAUUGGGGGUCAUCUGUUCGCCGCGAAGAUGCGAAAGGCCGGCUUCAAGACUAUGCUCGACCCCUUACAGCGGCGUUAUGGAAACUUUAUGUGCUGCCUUCUGUUCCUUCCUGCGCUCUUAGCAGAACUUUUCUGGACGGCGGGGGUACUGGCGGCGCUAGGAGCGUCGAUGGAGGUCAUCUUGGGCUGGAGGCGCGCCGAGUCCGUCGUCACGUUCGCCCUCGUCGCCCUCGUCUACACGCUGGCCGGAGGACUCUACUCGGUCGUCUACACGGACGUCCUGCAGUUGGCAGUCACCUUCUUCGGGCUGUGGUUGUGCGUCCCCUACGCCAUGUUCCACAAAGCAGUUGGCAAGAUAUCGUACCCUGCCAACAACUACUUCGGUGACAUCGAGUGGGCUCAGAUCGCUCGCUACUGGGACUCGGUCAUGCAAGUCGUGAUGGGAGGAAUCCCCUGGCAGGUCUACUUCCAGCGGGUGCUCGCCUGUGAAAGUCCUGAGGGGGCCGUACUGUCCUCUUAUAUGGCUGCGAUGGGCUGCCUGAUCAUGGCGAUGCCUUCCAUCAUCAUGGGUGCCAUUGCCAGAGCAGCUAACCUGACCGAGGCGGGCUACACGGGCACCGUUCCCCUGGGCCCCGAGACGGCGUCCUUGACACUACCGCUGGUGCUGCAGCACCUGACGCCCAGCCACGUGUCCGCUCUGGGGCUGGCAGCCGUCUCCGCGGCCGUCAUGUCCUCGUUCGACUCGUCCAUCCUCAGCGCUGCAUCCAUGUUCGCCUGGAACGUCUAUGGCAACUCUGUCAGACAGUCCGCUUCUGAAAAGGAAAUGCUUUGGGUGAUGCGCAUCGCCACCGUCGUCAUCGGCACCGUAGCCUCUAUGAUUGCGCAACUGGCCAUGUCAGCGUACGUAUUAUGGUACCUCUCGUCGGACCUCGUGUACGUCCUCCUGUUACCCCAUCUCUUGACGGUGACCUACCACAACAAGGAGUGCAACGCGUACGGCUCCCUGGCCGGUUACGUCGUGGGCGCCGUGCUUCGCGCAGGCGGCGGGGAGGACGCGCUCAACAUCCCUCCUUUCAUCAGGUACCCGUACUACAACGCCCGCGAUGGACAACUCUUCCCGUUCCGCACGUUCGCCAUGGUCAUGACGUACCUCACGCUCCGGGUCGUCUCCAGGGUGUCCAAGUGGCUCUUUACGGAUAGGGUACCACUCAAGUUCGACCUCUUCAAGUGUUUCGUCGCGAAGCCCCCGAUGGCCAAGGAGGACGUGUCGAGCAAGGACGCCGAAGAAAUGCCGACGAAAUCGGAUGAACAAGAGCAGCCAGUGCGCCACUUCUUGGGGAUGGGAGUGCUAUUGCCGACCGCCGUGGAUCAGGAAGUCGGAGUUGAUAGCGCCGAGCAAAAGUCCUUGGAAACGACGCCAUACGAGGAGAAAGCGGCCUACUCCCAAGAAAGUGCUGGAGUCCCAGGAGCCCGGAGACGUUCAGAACUCUACGGAGGUUGCGAGGGAGUUCUAGAGGGCCACGAGACCCAAGAGGCUCGAUCAGCCUCCUCAAGGAGAUUUAUCAGCCUGGUGAGACUCAGCCUCCAGAAAAACGUGAGCCACAAGAUAGCCCGAAGACUCAGGAGGUUCAAGAAACGAAACUAUCAGAGCCCCAAUAAUCAUGGAGAGGCAGUCGAGCUGUGCGUCGAGACCAGUCGAGACCAUCUUUGUGGUAACGAGAACAUUCUCCAGAGUUGCUAG